AUGACGUAUGAGACGUUCGGUAUCAAUCCCGAAGGGAUAAAUAGCUUGGUUGGCACUGGGGCGGUUUCGAACCAUCGACGGUGCGGCCGAAGCGGACCUCUUGCUGACUGCGCUACAACCGCCCUCAAAGAUGAAAAAGAAAAUUAUCAAGCGUCAGGUGCGAUAAGUGGGAGAAUGAUUUUUCGACGGUUUGUUGCUUUUAGAAGUUCAACCAUCCGGAAAAAGGCCUUCAUAAAUUAG